AAACUUGAUCAGAUUUUUCGUUCCCAGGGUUCCGUGAGAGCCGUUUGCCCCACCCCACCUCUUCAACGCUAUCUAUCUCAAUGUACAAUUCUGAGAGAAAAAAGGGGGCAAAAAUAAUUCAGAGUAAUACCGCAAAGGAACGAUUCUCGGCUCCCCGUCCGGUUCAUCGGAGCUGCCGCGGCCUGUCGGCGGUCCAAAGAAGUGUCUCGCCGUUGGACCAGUGAUUGAAAACACCGCGGUAUGUUCAUGUAUCAUGCACAUGUAACCAUAAUCUACCAUACGGAUUCAAAAGGAAUACAAAAAGCCGAGAGACUUGACAGCAGGCUGUACCUGCGCCAAACGGGAAAAUAACGGAGGAUUUUCCGCCAAACAUCGCCUGGAUAUCGCGUUAUAUUCAAGGACACCCAGCUGCCAAAAAGCGCCUUUGCUCGGCCGGAGAAGCUUUUCCGAUGUGAGGAGAAAUACAAAUUACGGAGAGAGAAAAAGGACGGAGAAGGGGCCUUUUUCUUGGGUCUGGUCAAACCCUCCGAAAAAAGCGAGCACCAGCAUCUGUUGACGGAGGGGACGGAGAAUCGUUUUGACAUCGGCUAAAAGCAGGAUAUUAUCGAUAAGGUUGCUAACAUCUGCGACGACGACGACCCUGCUGAGAAAAAAAACGGUGUAUAAUGUGACGGAUUUGAGAUAGAGAAAGAAGCCCCGGUGUAGCCUGAUGAUUCACAUGCCGUCAUUUUAAGAGGAAAUAUUUAUUUUUUAUUGUGUGUGUGUGUUGCCUUCUUCUUCCCACCCGCUCUCUAAUGUGCUUUUGGCUAGCACGAAUCGCAUAAAAAUAAUAAUACGAAAUUUAUAUUUAAAAAGGGGUUAAAAACAGGGGGGGGUGUCGAGCCAAAAAAAAAAAUCGGGCUUUUGGUUGUGAGUGGAAAUGAAUUGAAUGGCAGUGGGAGAUAUCUGCCGAAGAUGGGCUCCGGAGGAGAUAUUUGCUGAGAAAAUCUAACAUCAAAGCGUGAAACUAUACGUUUUAUUUUUUUAUUAUUAUUAUUUUUCGAAGCAAAAAAAAUCCAGCCUUUGAAUUGAAGCCACCGGACCACCGACGUUCAUUCAUGUGCGGCCAGAAGCUGGAAAUUUCACAUCCACUCUCAUAUCAAUGUUGAUGACUUCAUUGCGGAUUUACAGUGAAAAACACAGGAAUCAAGCGUCUGAGAGGGCGGCAUCGUUGCUCUGCUCCCUUUUCUCGCUGAGCCCUUGCUGAUAAAUCGCCAGUAAAUACCCACAUCCAUCCCAUACAUAUCGUGCCAAAGCCUGGUGGAGGCCAGCUACUACCUGACAUCUGCUUCAUCUGCAUCUGGCCACAUAAAUGUCACCCAUUUUGAGCCAGGUGUGGGCCAGUCUAGGAAUUUAGGAUUGAUUGAUUAUUUUUUUUGUUUGUUUUGUUUGUUUUUUCCUCCCCCCCCCCACUCCUUCGUGAUCAGCAACCCUCCUCUCCUCCUUCCUCCUCUCUUUCCUUUACACCCAAACUGACCAACCACCCUGCCUCCCCCCUGAACCUAUCACUGGGUUUUUGGGAAGAUGGGCUGUCUGGGCAAUAAUAAGACUGAAGACCAACGAAAUGAGGAGAAGGCACAGAGGGAAGCCAACAAAAAGAUAGAGAAGCAGCUCCAAAAAGACAAACAGAUAUACCGGGCGACUCACCGGCUACUACUAUUAGGGGCCGGUGAAUCCGGGAAAAGUACGAUAGUCAAACAGAUGCGAAUAUUGCACGUUAAUGGCUUCAACGCAGAGGAGAAAAAGCAGAAAAUUCAUGAUAUUAAAAACAACAUUAAAGAAGCCAUAGAGACGAUUGUGGCUGCCAUGAGUACGCUCACACCUCCCUGCCAGUUAGCCUGUCCUGCAAACCAAUCCCGGAUCGAUUACGUCCUGAACCAAGCAAACCAGAAGGAUUUUGAGUUUCCUUCGGAGUUUUAUGACCACGCAAGGAUCCUCUGGCAGGACGAGGGUGUGCGGGCAUGCUGGGAAAGGUCCAAUGAAUAUCAACUUAUCGACUGUGCACAGUACUUCUUAGACAGGAUUGAUGUGGUGAGGCAGAAUGACUACACACCCACCGAUCAGGACCUGCUGCGAUGCAGAGUGCUGACAUCUGGGAUCUUCGAGACAAGAUUUCAAAUAGACAAAGUCAAUUUCCAUAUGUUCGAUGUUGGAGGUCAGAGGGAUGAACGCCGAAAAUGGAUCCAGUGUUUUAACGAUGUGACGGCGAUCAUCUUCGUGGUGGCGAGUAGCAGCUACAACAUGGUGAUCAGAGAAGACAAUCAGACUAACAGACUACAGGAAGCCCUCAAUCUUUUCAAGAACAUUUGGAACAACAGGUGGCUACGGACCAUUUCAGUAAUCCUCUUCCUGAACAAACAGGACCUGCUCGCUGAGAAGGUUUUGGCUGGGAAGUCUAAAAUUGAGGAGUAUUUCACAGAGUUUGCACGCUACACUACACCUGAUGAUGCAAUACCAGAACCAGGAGAAGAUCCCCGUGUUACCAGGGCAAAGUACUUCAUACGGGAUGAGUUUCUGAGGAUCAGCACGGCCAGCGGGGACGGACGGCAUUACUGUUACCCUCACUUCACCUGCGCGGUCGACACCGAAAACAUCCGCCGCGUCUUCAAUGACUGUCGUGACAUCAUACAGAGGAUGCACCUACGGCAGUACGAGCUCUUGUGAUGGGCAGCAGCAGCGUCCGGUCUGCUUAUCUACCUACCGACCUACCUAGCUACCCUCCCCACCUCCCUCCCCCAUGACCAGUUAGCCAGUCACCCCCCUCCACCUUCCACCAACUUCACCCAACCAACCGAGCGAGCGAGCGAGCGCCUGGCCUCCCCUCCACCCUGAUACAACUUCUCCUCCCGGCAACGCAACUUUCAGAAAAACUGAACAGUGGAACGACUUUUUUUUUUUUUUUUAACAAAAGGAAUAAAGAAAAAGAAGUUACGGAUACACACCAACAACAGUUUCAUCAAUCAACUAUUAGCCUGGACUGACUGCUGUACUCGGCUACACUUUGACCCAGGACUGAGGGUCGAGACUGGAAUCCCUCAGUGUAGGCGAUCUCUCCUUUUAGCUCUCUCUCAGAUAUUUGAACACAAACACUCGCAGGUACACACACACACACACACACACACACACACACACACACUACAGAAUAAGACAUUCAGACCCUUAAAUAGGUUUUAAUAUCACACACACACACUUUUAAGUCCUCCUGCUUUUCACAGUCGGCAGAGGACGGAUAAAAUAACGCGUUCUGAGAGAGAGGAGUUUAUUCACCGCGUGCUGAAGACGAACGAAGGAAGAGAAGAAGCGAACGACGGACACGGAGGGCGGCAAACUGAUCCAGAGGAGGGCUGUGAGCCUUUUUUGUGCCCAGGGACAGACAGACUAAUUGACUAGCGGCUGCCUGUGGACGUGAGCGUGACUCGAACAUAAGACCACACGGCUCACAUGACCUGCUCUUCAAGAAACCAGUCGAGGAGGGAUGGCAGAAAACAACAAACAAACAAACAAAAAAAAAGGAUUUAAAACAAAAAAAAAACUAGAAAAAUAUCAUACAAUGCAUAAAUUCAUGCAUACCAGUGAACUUCAUGCAGUGCAAAAAAUCCAAGCUAUAUAUAUAGAUAUUUAUAUAUGUGUGUAUAUAAAUAUGUAUAUAUAUAAAUAUAAAUAUUAUAUAUUCCUGUAAUAACACAAUUCAACUUUUAAGUUUUUGUUAGUUUUUACCCCAUGUUGUGUGUUGGUGUACACUGUGUGUGUGAUCUGCCUUUGUGCACCAUUUGACCCCCUACCCCUGCGCGCACACACACACACACACACACACACACACACACAGACACACACACACACACACACAGACACACACCCUCACCCCUCUUGCCCCUGCUGCUAUUUGACAACUGUUCAGCAUAUGGAAAAUAAAGGAGAGGUUUUAUUUAACAAGGAAAAAAAAAGAAAACAAAGCAAAAAGGAAAGCAUGAAGUUACAGAAAUGACUGGAUGCAACAUUUUUACAUGGGAGCACACACAUUAACACAAACGCACACACACACACAAGCUCCAGACCCCUCCUCGUCCACACAACGACCUCCCCUCCUCCCCUCCUCCCCCUCCCCUCUCGUCUUGUUCUCUCACCUCCCCCCUCCUACACCCGCUCCCUCCACCCCCACCCGGCUUUAAGUACGUCUGUCUUUAUUUUACUGCUGGACUAUUAUUCUUGUACAGACUGUAAAAUGUAUUAUUUUGUACAACUUUAUUGAAGAAAAAAAAUAACUUGUAGAAGAUCCCUGUGCCUUGAUCACGACUGUACGUGUAAAAAUGAGCUAAUAUGUAAGUUAUGUUUCACUGCGCUGUACAGCUGGACGGGUCUGUCCCACCUCGUCCGAGCGAGCUCACCCCUCCACCGGGCGCUGGAGGAGGGGACGGGCUUCGGAUCGGGGCGGAGGCCUUUCGUCUGUUGCUUAGUUUUCCAUUUAUUUUUAUUUUUUUUCCCCGUUUCCCCACAUUUGUUUGUUCGUUGAUUCAUUUGUUUUGCUUUGACUCUCCUCUGGUUUAUAUAAUAGGAUUUGAAAAAAAAAAUGAAGGAGAAAAAAGAUAAUCAGACACGCCACCUUAAUGCUGUGUAGUGGAAGAUACUGAACCGUAACACAAUUUAAUAUAUAUAUAAAAUAUAUUUCAGAUUUUAUAUUUUAUAUAUAUGUACUGUACACUUAUAUCUAUCUCCCUUGUGAGCUGUCGCCCAGGUUUCCUUUUGCUUUCUGUCAGUAACAUCUGCAAACAUUUUACAGAAGGUGGUCAUUCUGGGUGCAAUGGGGUGGGUAUUCAUUUCUCUCUUUUUUUUCUUUUUUUAUUUUAGCUUUAACUCUUUUGAAGGAGAGGGAAAUAUCCAAUUGCAAAACGUUGCUUGUUUCUACAUAAACCAAAUUCUUUUUGCUUAAACAAGAGGAAA